GAGGAGGAGGAGGAGGAGGAGGAGCGCUAUCAGCGCCAGCUGGAGAGACACCCACCGCCUCCACCGACAGCCAGCUGCGGCGCCAUGUGCGGACCAAACGCUGCUCCUGCGCCACUUUCAUGGACAACGAGUGCGUCUACUUCUGCCACCUGGACAUCAUUUGGGUCAACACCCCCGAGCGCGUGGUCGCGUACGGACUGGGCAACGCUCCCAGAACGAGGCGCGCGGUCUCGGACUCCAUGGCAACCCGCACGGAGCCUCGCUGCCAGUGUCUGCGACCAAACGACGCCGCGUGUCGACACUUCUGCCGGCUGGAGAACCGCCCCAGGUUUGAGGCGUCCCCAGACGCGCGGGUCCGCUCCGCCGGGGGCGACGGGUGUGCGCAGGCGCAGUGCAAGCCACAGCCGGCCGCCGACACGGGCGGCAUUAAGAGGACGAGGAACGGCAACGAGAAGCGGGUGUCCCCUCUGGCAAUCAGGGCCGCCUUGAGAACCCGUCUGCUGCUCAAGAAGUGGCGGGCGAGGCAGCGGCACCGGGCGAGAGCGUGGGAGGCCGAGAGCGCGGCCUCCUAAAGACGACGGAACGACCUCCGCACCUCGUCGCCUUCGUGGAAGCAGAGGGCUUCUCCAGCUGGACUCGGUUGCACUUCAUGAGACAAGACCAACGAGGCUCAGAGACACUUUUAGGGGGAGCUCAGGUGAAGGGAGACAAGCCGCACAGAGGACUUGGCCUCGGUCUGCAAAAACCAAGGACGUUCAUCCCGGAGGGGUCACGGUCGGACCCUUUGGACUCAAAGAAACAACCAAAUAGCAUUUAAAAACUUGACAUUACUGGAAGGAUUUAAGAUAACAGAAAGUACAAAUCUAUGCUGUAUAUGGAUGAAGGCGGUCCUGCAUUUUUAUGUUUCAAUAUGCCAUUAUACAGCUGCAAAAGCAGGCCGUUAUAAAAGUGUGUAAUAGAGUGGACCUCUGUCCACUGACUGAAACCACCCAGCAGCUCGUCUCCCGUGUGGCUGGUCACUGUAGCGAUGCUGUACAGUAGCUGCUAGGAGCUUCGUCAUGCUGAUGUCAUCACAGAUUUCCUCUGCAUUGGUCGUAAUUUAAUUAUUUUUCACUAGAUAUGCGAUGAUGUACGUGUGCUAUUUAUUUAUUCUUUUUACACAUUGUAAUUCGAUGGCCAUAUUGGUCCGUCACAUGUUUUGGGUUUGUCAUUUCUAUGAAAUGUUUUGUUGCCAAAUUUUGGCCAAACUGAAAUAAAAAUUUGU